UAAAAUACGAUCAUUCGUGCAUUUUUGUAAUUUUUGUCGUACUUUUAUUGCUUUUUAUCAUAUUUCAGUGAUUUUGAUGCUUUUUUGGAAUUUUUACAUAAUUUUUGUUUUUAGUGGGUAGGUACCUCGUCAACACUUCUUCCUGCAUGAUUUAUGGCGAAUUUUAUAAAAAAAUGUAUCAUGAUGAUUUAAACUAAUAUUACUUCAUGCUUUUUUGAAUGUUCUUAUAUCGUUUCAACACUUUCAUCUUUACAAAAAAGUGGUUUGAAGGACAAUCUGCUCUCGCACGUGGAGAAACGGAGAAGGUUUAGAUACAAACGAAAGCCAGAGUGUAGAGUCAGGAAGGCGACACCAGGGUGGAACAAUGGACAGGAAAGAAAAAGGACAGACACGACAGGUAAAGAGGGAUAUUGUUUAGAAAGGAGUCAGAAUGAGACAAGAAGAAAGGAUCGCGAGCUCUCCAUUCGUUGUAGAGCAUCAGUGUGAAGUGGUGAUAUAUUUUAAACAGAAGGAAGAAAUGCACCUCUGUAGUUCGUGAUUUUUGGUCAUAGUGAAUCAAAAUUCGAGAACUAUCAUUACAACUACUCCGCUACAGAAAUGAACAAGUCAAGCGACUCCAUUACAUUACCUACCAAAACAAAAACAUCAAUUCCGGAUUGGCAUUGUAUCACUUACGGCGAAUGGCAAAAAACGUCACAAUUGUGGACAAUCAAAGGUUUUAGAGAAUUUCACUGUAAAGUUAACAAAUCGCUCAGAUCGUCAGAAUUCGUCAACCCUGGAGAUCCCCAAUAUAAGUGGCGCUUGACUAUUAUGACUAACAACCAGAAUCUUGAGGAUGAAGAUUACAUCGGAUUAUUUUUGAAUCUAGACAGACACAGUGUCGAGGCCUUCCAUCUCAAAGACAUUUUCGUUAACAUGACAAUGUGUUUACGAGAUGUUGAAGGAAAUGAAGUACUUGGUCGCCAAACCCAAGCGGAAUUCACAUUAACCAAUAAACAACAUGGAUAUCCGUAUUUUGUUACAAAGAAGGCAUUAUUCGAUCCAGAUCCGAACAACAAAUUACUCAUUGAAGAUACAUUAACAGUUUUCUGUGAAUUCGAGUAUACUGAAAUGGGUGUCAACGAUUAUUUUCCAAGUCAGGGGCCUGAAGUGAAAGUGACAGUUCCUGACAAUGUACUAAAAGGAUUAGAACGUUUGUUGCGUGAUCAAACUUUUGUAGAUGUGACAUUUGUAGUGGAUGGCAAGAAUUUCGGUGCUCACAAAAAUAUUUUAGCAUCGCGUUGCCCCGUUUUUGAGGCCAUGUUCAAACACAAUAUGCAAGAAAAUAAAUCGAACGAAGUGAACAUCUCGGACAUUCGUCCUGAAGUAUUUGAAGAAUUUUUACUCUUCAUGUAUACUGACAAAACUCCAAAUUACAAACUGGUGACAGAGUUACUCGUAGUUGCUGACAAAUAUCAAGUCGAAGGUCUAAGGGUACUCUGUGAAGAAAUUAUAUCGAAGGAAUUAACGGUAGAGAACGCGUUCGAUUUGUUAUUUUUUGCUGAUCUCCAUGGGGCUGAACGAUUGCUAUCGAAGGUUGCAUUUUAUAUAAAAACAAACCCUGCCAAUCUUACGGCAACCCAGUCGUGGAAAAAUGCAAUUUUGACACAUCCUCAUCUAUUUGAUCUAGUAAAUGGAAUAUGUGAUGUUCAGACCCCUUUUAUAUCAUCAAAGCUUCAAGUUCCAUCCUUAAGUAACACGUCCAUCCAACGAAAACGGAAAAGAUGAAAAUUGAUAGAAUCUCUAGGUACUCGUCCCUAGUUGAAUCAUUUCAUUCUACAAUAGGCUAGGUUACUUUUAUAAUGUACAUACUUACAUAAAUUACUUAUAAGUGUUCUUAUUUUGUAACAUAUCGAAUUACAAUUAGCUCAAC